UGGGAAGUGGUUGUGUACCGUCGUGCGUCAGCUGCAGGUAUGAGCUGUGGUUAUCCUGAUCUCGGUUUAUGAUAACCCCUAGCGAGAAUCAAGUCGGCACACACGACACAUGUAGUAAGCUGCGGACCCGCCCACCUGUAGUAGUAGGUAGUGGCGUGGCUCCCGCUCUCAUGAAGGUGCCAUUGCCAUAGAAUGCCCACGCGUGUCACCUCAUGUCAGGCUCUGGGCGCUGAGAUCGUUGAGAGACCAGACCAAGGAACACUACAGGUUUUCCGAUUUUAAAUCUUAUUCACCUAGAAGACAUAGAUCAUUCCUAUUGUUUGAGUCUUUAAUAAGAAUAUGUCACUCAUGUGCUGAGUGACUUGAUCUGCUAAUGGGCAGCAAUUGACAUGAGUCGUGCACUAUAUACUGAGUAUGAAGUAUUAUGACCUCAGCUUAUAAAGUAUUCCUUCUCUGUGCUGUGAUCUUGAUUCUUCCAAGAACAACUACGCUUAAAUUCCUUACCCACUCAGCCCUCUUCAAUACUAUUUAAACCAUACAGAUAUUUUAUAUAUUACUAGUUCUUCAACACCAGCCUCUGUUCAUGUUACAACAUUCGUAAGAAUCGCACUCAAGUUCUAAACUAUUUAUUCCACUUUUCUUCUCUCUUUCUUACUUUUUUAAAACUUUUUCUCGCUCUCAAACCUUCUCUGGAAACCAAACUCGGUUUCCACCCCGGUUAUUUCCCCCCGGGGUUCCCUUGUCUCCCCACAAGCUUUUGCUUUAUUGGAAGCCAAGCUUUCGAGACCUCGAGCUUCUGGUCCCAGUAAAGAUGGAGCCUCCAAGACUGGGACUUGCGUCCCGACUGGGACUUAAGUCCCGACGAUCCAAACUUGGAAAAGUAAUCGUAGCGUCGAUGGCUUACCUCUUCGUGAUGAGUGUGAUGACCCGCAUCGUGAGGCGGGAUGACACCACAACUUAUGAGUCCGGUCUCGCGGACCUGCACAGCGAAGAGCAGCCCGACGACGCGGCCCUGAGCGAUGGCCUGCCCCUGAACCCUGGCAUCGUCGCCUACGACGAGGACGACGUUGUCUUCCACGUCAACAACCCUUCGUCCCUCAACUCCGACGAGUGGCUGCCCACCGCCACUCUAAUUAAGACCCGAAGUUUACUGGCCACUCAGUCGAGGCUUGGUCAGAGAGUGGCUCACAAGAGACGUGUCUCGAGGGAGACCUCAGGACGAGACCGCGACGAAGAAGCUCGAGACGAAGCUGAAACAUCAGCAAACCGAGGUCCAAUUAAGGAGGAAAAAAAUCGAGGCGUCAACCCAACCUCUGGGGCGGAUCCCAGCACCCGAUCGCCGUCUGCAAAAGGGAACGCCAGCGAGUUUUGUCCCCGGCCCGCCAUCGAGCAGUUCCCUCGCCCCCUGAUGGGGCAGGACACGAGGGCAGGGGGCGGCGUCAUCAUACACAUCAUCGUCACCAUCUAUCUCUUCGUCGCCAUCGCCAUCGUCUGUGAUGAGUUCUUCGUCCCGUCCCUCGAGAUGAUCUGUGAUAGGAUGGAGCUGAGCGAGGACGUGGCGGGGGCGACGUUCAUGGCCGCAGGGUCGUCGGCUCCUGAGCUCGCCACGUCCGUCAUCGCUGUCUUCGUCGCCGAGGACGACAUCGGCAUCAGUGGGGUGAUCGGCAGCGCGGUGUUCAACAUCAUGUUCGUGAUCUCGGUGUGCGCGCUGUUCUCGGGCACUGAGAUCUGCAUCAACUGGUGGCCCGUAGUGCGGGACUGCGUCUGCUACUGCAUCUCCAUCUGCGCUCUGCUUCUCACCAUCCAUAACGAGGCUGUCAAGUGGUACGAGUCACUGUUCCUGCUGGUGCUGUACGCGGGCUACUGCUACCUGAUGGUGCACAAUAAGCGCCUCGAGGCCUGGGCCAACACACUCAACGUCCCCUUCAAGAACGCCGCCUCCAAGGAGGAGAAGAACUCCCUCUUCGGCAUCAAGAGCGCCCCUGUCCAGCCCGGGGACCCUAAGGCUGCUGACGGGGGCGUGGCCGAGACCGACGACACGCUGCCUCUUCUUAGUCUGCUGCGGCAAGUGAAUAACUCCUCUGAAGACCACACGUCUCCUUAUAUUGCUUAUCAAGAUAACAGCAUUCCUGUUGAAGACACAGCAGCGGCAUCCUCCAUUGGCCUGGGUGAGAACGAUGACCCAGGAGCCAUCCCCCGGCCUCCCCCCGUGCAGGAGGUGGACGCGGCGCAGCCCCAGAUGAUGGCCCCCACCAUGAAGGACGAUGACUCGAACCCGUGGCAGGCGCCGCUGGGGGUGACAGAGCGGUUGUACUGGGGGGCGACGCUGCCCCUGGUGGCGGUGCACCACUUCACCAUACCAGACUGCAGGAGGGCGCGCUGGAGGAGCUGGUUCCUGCUCACCUUCAUCAUGAGUAUGGUGUGGAUCUCACUGUACUCAUACGUCAUGGUCUGGAUGAUAACUAUCAUCGGGUUCGGCGACAUGGCUGUGAGCAACGCUAUCGGCAGCAACGUCUUCGACAUCCUCCUGUGCCUCGGCCUGCCCUGGUUCCUCAAGACCGCCCUCACCGACCCCGGCAGCGUCGUGCCUGUAGAGAGUAGAGGUCUGACAUACUCGACCAUCUCGCUGUUCUCGACGGUUGUGUUCCUGAUCGCGGCGCUGCACUUCAACGGCUGGCGUCUCGACAAGAAGCUCGGCGUCAUGCUCAUGGUCUGGUACUUGUUCUUCAUGGUCUUCGCCAGCCUCUACGAACUCAAUGUCUUCGGCGACUUUAAUCCAAAGACGUGCGACAGCGAAUACUAAAUCUGCCAGACUCUUCUCACGAAUUAUAUUUGUGUUCGAAUCUAUCUAUGAUGUUCAAUUACGAUCUAAGUUCUACGAUUAUCGUGCUCUUCGUUUUAAGUAAUUUCUAAGUCUGGUCCCAUUAUUAGUUCGUCAUGAUUGCCUGAUCAGAUGUAAUUGAAUUCAAAUCAAUCGCUUGUUCAAAUUUCUUGAAAGUUGAAGCGGGUUCCCAAAACGCAAUCA